AUGCCCUUACUUAAUGAGUUAGAGAGCCUCAGAAUAACCCUUGGUGAUAUUAAAGAAGCCACUAAAAACUUCACUACAGUUAUUGGAAAGGGUGGAUAUGGCUUGGUUUACAAAGGACAACUCUUACUUUCUGAUAAACUAACCAGUGUAGCUGUUAAGCGACUAGAUCGUAACAAUGAUCAUUCUGGUCAAGGGUUUAAGGAGUUUUUAACUGAGAUUCAAUUGCUCACUCGUUAUAAACACCCAAACCUGAUCUCCCUCAUCGGUUUUUGCGACCAAGACAAUGAGAAAAUCCUCAUUUAUGAGCAUGCAGAACAAGGAAGUCUAGACAAGUACUUAAAUACUGCUGAAAACAGAUCUAAACUAACAUGGAAGAAACGGAUCAAUAUAUGCGUCGACGCAGCCCGUGGAUUGAAUUAUCUACAUAAUGAAGUUGCCAGAAAUGAGAGAAUUAUCCACAGGGAUAUCAAAAGUGCAAAUAUUUUGUUGGAUCAAAAUUGGAAAGCAAUGAUUUCCGAUCUUGGGCUAUCCAAAUUAGGCCGUGUUAAUGAGCAAGACACUUUUCUCAUUACUAAUGUUUCUGGAACACCUGGUUAUUGUGAUCCAGAAUAUGUAAGUUCAGGGAUCCUAAUAAAAGAAUCAGAUGUCUAUUCAUUUGGUGUUGUAUUAUUUGAAGUCUUAUGUGGGAGGCUGGGCUUUAUAAAUGUAAACAAUGAACACCGGUUUCUAUCUUCAUUGGCCCAACGCUAUUGCAAGAUAGGGAAAAUAGAUGAGAUCAUGGAUCCUGAAUUAAAGAACCAAAUUGACUCAGAUGCUUUAGAUAAGUUUUCUAAGAUUGCAUCGCAAUGCUUGCAGAAUAAUCGCAAACGAAGGCCCUCAAUGCGUACGGUGGUAAAGAAACUUGAGGAACUUCAAAUAGCAUUGGAAUUUCAGCAACGUCAUGAUACAGACCAGUUAAAAGGUGAAAUACAAGCAGGAAUGGAUGGAGCAGUUCCGACAGGUGGUGAACCUCUAAACGGGACAACACAUAUUAAGCUUAGUUUAGAUGACACACAUAACAAUUUAUUCAUUUCAUCAAUGGAUAAGACUAAGAAGCGAGUGUGUGACAUUCACACUUCGGAUUCUAUGCAGCGAGAGUCCUUGUUUAAAGCAGAUGACGUUAAACCUGAUCAACAUAUAUCAGAACACGUGUUAAAAUCGGAGAUAGCUAAGUUUGCUGAUAAACGAGGUUUGUUGGAUUUCGUAAGCGUUAAAAGGUUACACAUGCAACUUGAAAUUCAUAAAGAAAAUGAGGGAUCUGGGCUUUUUAUAACAAAGAUGUCAACGGGUGUGCUCUUAGUAAUCUUAGUUUUGUUUGCAAGUUGUGUUACUGAUUACUUGUCUCUCAAACAUAAAUUGUUGUAUUAA